CUCGCGCUUCUCGGACGUCGGCGCUCGGUCGGAUCGACGCGUCGCCGGCCGCGGCUCGAAGCGUCGGUAUCGCCGGGGGCGACGGGCCGCUCCUUUCGCGUCGAACUCCGACCUCGCGUCACUUGACGUCGGCCGGCUCGCCGCCACGUUAUCAGCUGCCGGCAGAGGGGGCGGGGCUCCUUCGCUCAUCUUAUCUGCCGGCCGCACGUGUCAACUGAGGCCGCGGCUAACGUCGUCGCGUCCCCUCUGUCGUCGCCGAGUCACGUGUCCUCCGUCGACACCGGAGGAACAUCUCUGGAUUGUCACGGUGACAAGGACACCCGUUGUCGCCCUAGUAACGCCCCCUUUGCCUCCGUCCGUUAGGAUCUCGUGACUCCGCCUAGUUUCCGUCGACGCGCCGGACGCGCCAUGGACGACGCUUCCAGGAGGUGGGUGCUGAAGUCUCUGUCCCCCCCGCUGCAUCCGCGCGACCUACGCAGCGCGACGGGUCCGAGCGGGGGCGAAGACGACGGUCCCGGCGGCAGCUCGGGAUCCCGCGACGGGUUCUACUGCUUCGCGGAAGACCCGAUGAGCCCCGAAGCGGAGCUGAACGAGGCGCGGAUGCUCUCGCCUCAGCGGCAGCUUCGUCUCACCACCUUGAAAGAGGACGGGGCCUUUCAAGUGCGGAGCUACGCCAGCGGCCAAAAAACACAGAGCCUGUUUCGGGACUCGGAUUCACCGUACCGAGUCCAGGCAGGAGGCCGCCGCGGCGCGUUUGGGGAAGAAGACGAGAAACGACUGAGGAAGGAAAUCAUCCAAAAGCAAGCCCCAAAGAGGAAGGCGACUUUCAAGCUCGGUGAGGGGCGGGAUCGGAGCGGCCCCACGAACGCGCCCACCGAAGGAUCGGGCCCCGUCACGCCCACGGACCCCGGGCCCAUCGACGGGGCUCGGAUCGACUUCGGUGCGGCUCGGCAGCGGUUCCUGGACCUGGAGCGGGGGAGGCGGGAUGUCCUCGCGCGCCCUCGCUCCGUCGGCGGCGAAGACGCGUUUGAUGACGGCGUUCCGCAAACAACCGGGAAAGCCGAGUCGGACGAUCGCGACGAGACCCCGAUCGAGAAGGACAUCCGCCUCGUUGGAGAACGGGAGGAAAACCUCAGACGCGCGCGAGGCCUGAAGCGCGCCGACGGAUUCUCGGAGCCGGUGGAGAUUCAAAGCGGGCGUGCGCGCUGGCUGCCGAGUCCUCGCGAGGCCCAAAAGAAGAGCCGCGGGAGCUUCGCGCUUCAGCUCCAAAGCCACGAGAACGACGUCAGUCGGAAGGCUCCGCGGGAGCUUGGAGACCCACGGGAGCAAGUCCGGGAGGACCAGGAGGUACUUUGGCCCCCUUGCUGUCCUCACCGACACUCCCGAGAAACCUCCUCCGCCCCGCCCCCGAGCACGCCCCCUCGCCAUGUCCCGUCGCGGACCGCAACCGUUUCUUGGCGCUCAAAGCGGGAGUCCGCCGGCUUGCAGCGCAGGAAAAAGAGUGCCUCGGAUUUCAUUGAGAAGGAGAUCGAAGAGGCUCUGCUGCGAGAGCGGGAGCUCCGGGAGUCCAGACGCUCCAGGGAACCCGGAGAGCGCGGGGGCUCCGGACAGUCCGCGGGGGAGUCCGGCCUCCGCUCCGCAACGCCUUCGGCGGAGCGGCCGUCAAAGGUGACCGCCGCGCAGGUUGAGCCCAUCGAGCGCUCAGGUACGUCCCAAAGUCUUCUUUCUCCAUUUCACGAAUUCCUCCACGACCAACGCAAAGGCUUCCAUCGCGGCCACGACACGUCAUUUCGCGCGCCGACGUUCGCGAGACUUAUCGGCGUCGCGCGCGUCACGGCGACGCUCAUCGUGUCGCCUCCCUCCGAAGGCCCGACCGGGGCGCCACCGAGGGACUCCGACGAGCGGCGAGAGAGACGCAAGGCGGAGGACGGCUCUUACGCCGGGAUCCGGUCCGUCGACGACAUCAACAACCAGGUGGUGGAAUCAACCCGAGUGAUUCGCCAUAAAAGCCAACGCGCUUUGCGCUGGGAGGCGGGCGUCUUUGCCGACCGGCCGCGGCAUUGAGGCCGGCGCGGUGCCCGCGACCGCGACCCGACCGCGCCUCCAGAUCCAGGACCGCACCUUGUACGCCGAGGGGGGCGUGGCUACGCCCCUGAAGAUGAUGACGAGGUGGAAGAAGCUCCGCCACAAUGCGGAUCCGUUCCUUCGAUUGGGAAAAGCGCGCGUGCUGCGCUCAUUGUUGCCAUGGCAACUUUCUGCUUGAUCUGCAGGAAAUCAUUGCCGGU